GGACAAAACUCUCAAGCUGAGUAAGUCCUUUUACACAUUACCAAACAGAGAUACUCAACAGUAGAUGUGAUAAGAUAAGAUGUCAAUUGCUGUUGAUCUCUCCACACACCAUGUCAUGACAGAUUGCCAACUCUAAAUGUACCCUACCAGUCAGUUUUCAUCAGUUUUCAUCAGUUUUCAUUCAGAAAUCAAAGCAUUCUCACCAGUAAGGAUGCAGGAUCAACUUGUGUCAAAUAGUUGACAUGCCACAGUCAUGUGCCUCUCUGAAAAUGAUCAGCAAUAUCACGGUUCUUUACUCCUACACAGCAAUUAUUUGGGUUACAUAAUCCACAAAGGAGUCCAAAGUUCAGUGAAGGGGAUUAUGGUUACAUCUUGUCAGAUGAUGAGAGGGGCUUCCCUAUCAACCGCCUUACCCAACACCUUAUUCAACACUCGCCAAGAAGGUUUCACCACACCAGUAGUAAUAUAUUUUGUAUUACAUGUAUUUAUGGCUUGUUUUUAGACUGGAAUUCCAUGGAGCUCAUUUACCAGUUUUGAUACAAUAUACAGAUACAAAUAUACAAUACACAAGGAGAAAGAAGUUUUUAUAAAAACUAUUAAGGUAUACCAUUUUUUUCAUACAGAAUAAAGACUGUACAAACAAUUGUAUGCACACUCGUAUUUGUCAAAUACGCACCAAUGAUUUGACAUUCAUGAUUCUCAUAGUUUUGUAGGUGUUGUGACGAAGGGAGUCGUAAUAAUGUAAAUAAUUGUGCUGGUGGUUUUGAGUGCUAUGUGGUGUAUUCUCAUUUAUUCAGUAUAUUAUUGUUACCUACCUGCUGUCUUGCACAUGGAUGCAGAUUGAUGUGUGUGUGUGUAUGUAUGUAUCUAUACUGUAUGUACAUAUUCUGUGUGUUAUUGGCAUCUGUCACUACUGUGAACACAUAAUCUGACUGUUUAUGGCCUCUAACAGGUGAGACACAUUAUGUGCUUUGCUUCAGCCAAUCCCGAAGUGUGACUACCCAAUAAAUGAGUGAUAGUGUUUGACCAGCUGUGGAAAAAGACAAGGCAGGGAAGAGGAAGAAGUGGGAUAAGGAGUGCAGGUCCUUAGAUGGUCAGAUGGAAAUUGUGACAAUAAUUUUUUUUAGCAUUAGCGCUGACACCUCCUCCACUCACAUCAGCUCCUUGACAGACCGACAGACCAACAGCUGGCCCGUCUGUCAACAGAGGCAGAGUUUAGUGUGAGAUGAUAAAAUGGAUUAAACUCCAGCAAUGUUGAACCGACGUGUUGUGAGAGUGAGGAAUGCCCUGGUGCGAGAGUGCCUGGCUGAGCUCUUAGGAACCUUCGUCUUGCUGCUCUUUGGCUGCUCUGCUGCAGCCCAGGUAAAGACAAGCAGAGACACUAAAGGCCAGUUCCUGUCAGUCAACAUGGCCUUCUCUGUGGGUGUGAUGUCAGCUAUGUACCUCACCAAGGGCAUCACAGGUGCUCAUCUGAACCCGGCGGUGACUCUGAGUUUCUGUGUGUUGGGCCAGGUGCCCUGGGGAAGGCUGGUGCCCUACUCCCUCUGCCAGGUGCUGGGGGCUUAUUUGGCAUCAAGCCUCGUCUACCUAGUUUACUAUGAUGCUAUAAUGGAGUUUAGUGGAGGAGUAUUGACUGUUUAUGGCCCAAAUGAGACAGCGUCUAUAUUUGCCACAUAUCCUUCAGAGUACAUGACUUUGGGCAGAAGUUUCCUUGACCAGGUAGUGGGCACUGGCAUGCUGAUGUUGUGCAUCCUGGGUUUGAAUGAAAAGAGGAACACCCCGGCUCCCUCAAAGCUGAUUCCUGCUAUAGUGGCAGCGAUCGUCCUGGGGAUCUCCAUGUCAAUGUCAGCCAACUGUGGUGGUGCAAUAAAUCCUGCUCGGGACCUGGGACCACGCCUCUUUACACUGACUGCAGGCUGGGGCACUGAGGUCUUCACGUGUUACAACUACUGGUUCUGGGUGCCCUUGGUGGCCCCACUUAUCGGAGGUGUUAUAGGUACUUUCAUGUAUUUGAUCUUCAUCCACUGGCACCUGCCUGACCCAGAUCCCCCUGAGAGCCUCUCCACUCUCCCCACCAUCAGUGACAAAAUCAAGCAGCCCAGCAUCACGUGGGACAACGGAGAGGAGUUAAAGGCUGCACAUCUCUAA